AUGGUGGCCGGGCACGAGCUGUUCCCGACAGCCCCAGAAGCGAGUACCCAACUAAUGGAGACUUUGAAAGCUCCGGAGGAAGGCCCGGUCGCAAAUGGUGAGCUGAAGAGAUUAAAGUCCUCCAACAGGCGCCACUCGAUGUCCCGGACGCCGAACUGGUCCCUCUCCUUCCUGGCCGGGUCCAAAAGGCGGCGUCUCGUCGCCCAGAGGAUCGGACCGGUCGGGCCUGCGACCGAGAUCCCAACGGAUGAGGAGCAGGUCAUGGCUGAGCACCAGCCCUUCUCUAUACUAUACAACGAGUUCUUCCCGAAAAACAGGACCGUUAGAAGGCGGGAAAUACCGGCGGUGAAGGUGGGAGUGAAGAGGAGGCGCGCACAGCAUACCAUAAUGUAUAACUUCCUCCAGAACCUCCAUAAGCGUAGUCUGAAGUCUGUAGCCAAACGGGUCCUCGACAGCGAUCUCCCUUAUGAGGGACUUGUUGCCAAACGCGCCUUUUUCGACGAGGACUUCUUGCGCAAGUGGAAACCGGUGUUUGAAUGUCCCUGUCAUGUGGACCUGGCCGGAGACCAUCCCGGCCCGCCGAUGAACGAAUUAGCUGCACCCAUCAAGGUGGCCGAUGUCGCUGCUGUAAUUGCAUCAUUAAAAGAAUCAUCCCCUGGACCUGAUGGCCUCCGCCUUUCCAUCCUGCGGGGAAUCCCCGUAGAGGUCAUCAUCAUUAUGUACAACCUGCUACUGCUAAAAGGACCGCCACCCACCAGGGGCAAAGCCGGUAACAUCUUCACCUCUCAGGUGACUUUCAUCAAAAAGGUGGAGGUGCCCGGCGAUGCUCUUGAGUUCCGUCCCAUCGCCAUCGGGAAUUACUUCGUGAGGGUCUUUCAUCGGGUGCUUGCGAGCCGGUUUGAGGCAGCCUAA